AUGGCCCCCGUCACACCCGACAGAGACACUGCGCAACAUCCCACACCCAUUUUACCGCCGUCACUCAAGCAUGCUCCCACAUUGCGUCUACAUCUCAAUGAUCUUACCUCACCUGCUACCACUACCUUUCUCACCACCAUCGAUACCGCGCACUUGAUUCCCAAUGCCAUCAAUCACAUCCUCAAGCAAUUGUACCACCCGCAUGGCCUCCACAGCAUUCCCGCCGUACGGUCAGUCACUCUUAUCCUCCGUGACAUGGGAGGAGUCGCAUACACCACCGGUCUAGAUCUCGACUCCCUGCACAAGGAAAUCCACGUCUCGCUAGCCUACCUCUCAAACCGCAUCUCUUCACCGACUGCCUUCCGCCACGAAGCCAUCGGUGUCAUCACACACGAAAUGGUUCACUGCUUCCAGCACAACUGCCAAGGCACGGCGCCGGGUGGUCUGAUUGAGGGCAUCGCCGACUACGUGCGCCUGAAAGCCGGGUUGGCGCCGCCGCACUGGAAGAAGGGCUGCACGGAGAAGGAGAUGGGCAGCAAGUGGGAUGAAGGGUAUCAGCGAACGGCGUGGUUUCUGGAGUGGUUGGAGGGUGAAUUUGGGGCAGGAACCGUCAGUAAACUCAAUGCGACUAUGAAGGGCAAGUAUGAGGAGAAGGAGUUUUGGGGAGGGUUGUUUGGGUGUGGCGUGGAGAAAUUGUGGACGAGGUACAAGGCUACAUGGGAAUCUACAGGGAACAACGGGCGAGAAGAGGAACAGUCCUCGUCGGGAGUCCCUAGUAGGGCGGAAACAGAGCCAGAAAUUGUCAAUCUGAGCCUCGCGGAGAAAGAGGAGGCAGACCGAACGAAGCCGAUGGGUCAGCAGUGA